AGAAUGAUCAAUGAUACGCGACUUUUAACGAUCUCAAAAUCAAAUCAUAAGCAGAUGCUGGGACUCACAGGAACCUACAGGUGUACCACGAGGCAAUAGGAUCUCUCAAUUGUAUGUUCAAUCGCAAAGGUCACCACUAACAUGCGCCUUUCCCUCGACUCUCUUGAUGAUGAUACUCUCCUUGGCGUCUUUGCUGUACUCACAGUUCCAGAUGUUCUCAGCCUGAGACAAACAUGUCGUAGACUGCUAGUCUUCUCAAGUCAGCAGAUUGUAUGGCAGAAUAUUGCUUCUUCUCAGAUAUUGCAGCAGGGAAUACCCUUCUCUAAGAAACCACUCUCGAGUUUCUCUGUUCGCGAUCUGGAGGACAGAGUACGCCGUGCCUACCAUCUGGGGAAAGCUUGGAAAGCUCCUUCAAUUACAUUUCGCGCGUCUGGCUUCACAGCGAGCAGGGGAGGCCCUAUUCAAGACAUCCACUUCAUUCCUGGCUAUGAUCGGAGAUGGCUCAUCACAGUCUCUCAGGGUAUCUGGUCGAUGAUCAUACUCUGGGAUCGCCGUAGUUUGACACGAGUCACUUCCUGGUCCCCUGAAAAGGCUGUCUUUUCUGCUCUAACAGUGAACACGUCCGAAGAUUCCGAAGCUGCUCUCGCAGUGUCACUGCACAGAUACGACUCUGUUGUAGUUGAGAUAUUAGCUAUCACAUCUACAGCGCCAGACUCUCUGCCAGGGUUUGAAUGUAUUGCCCGACUCGACACGUUGCGCCAACCAAUCGCUAUGUGUGGGUCCUUAGUGGCAUUGGCAGACGAUGAAGCUGAGACAAUAAUAUGGGACUGGAAAACCAAGGAGUACGCGGUUUUGCAAAGUCCUGUCGAAACGGACCUUUGGCGGAACCAAUGCACUCAAAUCGUCUUUGCAUACAAAACCAUCCUUGUUGUUAGAGCUCGUUCAGUUCAUGCGUUCGCGGAGCCAAAACUAGUACCACAUCCCAACACAUGUGUCCAUCAUCCUUAUGCCCAGAGCACGUUUGGCUGGGUGGAUGGUAUCUUCGUCUCUGUUCCACCAUCUUCGCCCGAAGACCCUACAAGAAUGAAGGGACAGCCUCUGUCAAUUCUUUUACGCACGAAGAAUAAUGACCCGUGGUCAUCUACAUUCAAGAUUCAACUCUGGACUUUGAGCCCAAUGAAUGAAACUACUGUCGAUGGCCCACACUACAAUUUUCCUCCUUCUAUGACUACAGAAAUUGUCACCCCACGUCGAGGUGCCCUGCGAUGCACCGACAUGGUGCUUGGUCCAUAUGGGACUGCAGUCUGGGUGCAACCAGAAGAUUACUCAGUUGCAGGCCUAAUCUCUCCGAACAUUCAUCUGCAAAAUAUACCUGUGCCACGGUCUCACGAAACACUUGUCGUCGCUGCCUUCCCUGGGUUGUUCAAUACUCAAGGUGAAGCGCAGGUCAAGUCAUCGUGGAAAAAUCGUGGUGAGAAUUGGACAUGUCUUGAUUACGACGAGGAAAGAGGCUGCGUUGCACUAGGCUCGGCCGCUGGUGCUGUCACUAUCCUAGAUAUUUAAAAUUCAGUCCAUGUUAGUUCGUGGUUCUAAAUGUUUGAGGCAUGCAACCAGUAAUCUGUAUGCUCCCGAUGGACAUGCUAAAUUCCUGUCAUACCAAUUCGCAGCUCAAAAUCCUUGACAGAUGCCAAGCAAACAUAACGUCAGGAGCAGCAAUCGUAUAGAAGUACUGUACAUAACUUCCUAAUUCCAUGGAGGGCCGUCCUCAGCGAGUGCUCCACGCAUAAAAUCACUCUAGUAUAAGCGCAAAAGGACAUUUGUAAGUUGAU